AUGUGUUAUUACUUUGGCGGGAACACAUACAGUUCUACAUACGAUGGUAUCACCUGGAGACAGGCAGAAACAAGUUGUAAAGAUCAAGAGUUGAAGAUUGGAACCAAUGAUAAACACUUAGCAAUAAUCAAAGACAAUAGCACAGAACAAGCAAUAAAGAAGUAUUUAUUGGAACAUAGAAAUUUGAACGGGAAUUACUGGUUAGGUGCCACACUGAAUGGCACACAGUGGAUAUGGCCAUCAGGUGUUCCAUAUGUUCGUCAAAUCGAUAGUCACCUUACCAAUACAACAGACGGGUGUAUGGUCAGCAACCUACAGGACAACAUAAAACCUAAAGACUGUAGUGAACAGCAUCCACUUAUUUGUGAAUACGAUUUUCAACGACCACAGUCAUCAUCAGCUAAGCCAAUCACAAUAACUUAUCCUGCAGAAACUUCUGCGAAUCCAUCUACGACCCUACUUACGUCAAAUCAAACGAUCAAAUUAGUAUCAUCUACAACAGCAACGCUGACUACACCACCAACCAAAUCCCCAAUUUCGCCAACAGUUACCUUUACAACUGAAACCACUGUAACAACCACACCUACAACCACAACUUCGCCCUCUUCUAAAACCUCGCCUACAACCAAACCUAAAUCCAUACCUACAACCAUACCUUCACCCUCUCAUUCAACCAUAACUUCACUCAAACCUACAUCCACUCCUACAACCAUACUUACACCCUCUCCUAAACUCACACCUACAUCUAAACCUACAUUCUCUCAUGCAACGAUACCUUCAUCCUCUCCUAAAAUCACACCUACAACCAUACUUUCACCCUCUCCUAAAAUCACACCUACACCAAAACCGACAUUCUCUCAUACAACCAUACCCUCACCCAAACCUAAAAUCACAUCUACAUCCAAACCUUCAUCCUCUCCUACAACCAAAACUACAUCCUCUCCUAAAAUCACAUCUACAUCCAAACCUUCAUCCUCUCCUACAACCAUACCCUCACCCUCUCCUAAAAUCACAUCUACAUCCAAACCUAAAUCCUCUCCUACAACCAUACCUUCAUCCUCUCCUAAAACCAUACCCUCACCCAAACCUAAAAUCACAUCUACAUCCAAACCUUCAUCCUCUCCUACAUCCAAACCUACAUCCUCUCCUACAGCCAAACAUUCACCCUCUCCUAAAAUCACACCUACACCAAAACCGUCAUCCUCUCCUAAAACUAUACCCUCACCCAAACCUAAAAUCACAUUUACAUCCAAACCUACAUCCUCUCCUACAACCAAACUUACAUCCUCUCCUAAAAUCACAUCUACAUCCAAACCUUCAUCCUCUCCUACAUCCAAACCUAUAUCCUCUCCUACAACCAAACCUACAUCCUCUCCUAAAAUCACAUCUACAUCCAAACCUUCAUCCUCUCCUACAACCAUACCUUCAUCCUCUCCUACAACCAUGCCUUCAUCCUCUCCUACAUCCAAACCUACAUCCUCUCCUAAAAUCACAUCUACAUCCAAACCUUCAUUCUCUCCUACAACCAAACCUACAUCCUCUCCUAAAAUCACAUCUACAACCACCAAACCUUCACCCUCUCCUAAAAUCACACCUACACCCAAACCGUCAUCCUCUCCUAAAACUAUACCCUCACCCAAACCUAAAAUCACAUCUACAUCCAAACCUACAUCCUCUCCUACAUCCAAACCUACAUCCUCUCCUACAUCCAAACCUUCAUCCUCUCCUACAUCCAAACCUACAUCCUCUACUACAACCAAACCUACAUCCUCUCCUAAAAUCACAUCUACAUCCAAACCUUCAUCCUCUCCUACAUCCUCUCCUACAUCCUCUCCUAUAACCAAACCUACAUCCUCUCCUAAAAUCACAUCUACAUCCAAACCUUCAUCCUCUCCUACAUCCAAACCUUCAUCCUCUCCUACAUCCAAACCUUCAUCCUCUCCUACAUCCAAACCUACAUCCUCUCCUACAACCAAACCGUCAUCCUCUCCUACAACCAAACCUACAUCCUCUCCUAAAAUCACAUCUACAACCAUACCUUCAUCCUCUCCUACAACCAUGCCUUCAUCCUCUCCUUCAACCAAACCUACAUCCUCUCCUAAAAUCACAUCUACAUCCUCUCCUAAAAUCACAUCUACAUCCAAACCUACAUCCACUUCUACAACCAUACCUUUAUCCUCUCCUACAACCAAACCUACAUCCUCUCCUAAAAUCAUAUCUACAUCCAAACCUUCAUCCUCUCCUACAACCAAACUUACAUCCUCUCCUAAAAUCACAUCUACAUCCAAACCUUCAUCCUCUCCUACAUCCAAACCUACAUCCUCUCCUACAAUCAAACCUACAUCCUCUCCUACAACCAAACCUACAUCCUCUCCUACAACCAAACCUUCAUCCUCUCCUACAACCAAACCUACAUCCUCUCCUAAAAUCACAUCUACAUCCAAACCUUCAUCCUCUCCUACAACCAAACCUACAUCCUCUCCUAAAAUCACAUCUACAUCCAAACCUUCAUCCUCUCCUACAUCCAAACCUACAUCCUCUCCUACAACCAAACCUACAUCCUCUCCUAAAAUCACAUCUACAUCCAAACCUUCAUCCUCUCAUACAGCCAAACCUUCAUCCUCUCCUUCAACCAAACCUACAUCCUCUCCUAAAAUCACAUCUACAUCCAAACCUACAUCCACUUCUACAACCAUACCUUCAUCCUCUCCUUCAACCAAACCUACAUCCUCGCCUAAAAUCAUAUCUACAUCCAAACCUUCAUCCUCUCCUACAACCAAACCUACAUCCUCUCCUAAAAUCACAUCUACAUCCAAACCUACAUCCACUUCUACAACCAAACCUACAUCCUCUCCUACAACCAUACCUUCAUCCUCUCCUACAACCAAACCUACAUCCUCUCCUAAAAUCACAUCUACAUCCAAACCUUCAUCCUCUCCUACAUCCAAACCUACAUCCUCUCCUACAACCAAACCUACAUCCUCUCCUAAAAUCACAUCUACAUCCAAACCUUCAUCCUCUCCUACAGCCAAACCUUCAUCCUCUCCUUCAACCAAACCUACACCCUCUCCUAAAAUCACAUCUACAUCCAAACCUACAUCCACUUCUACAACCAUACCUUCAUCCUCUCCUUCAACCAAACCUACAUCCUCUCCUAAAAUCACAUCUACAUCCAAACCUACAUCCACUUCUACAACCAAACCUUCAUCCUCUCCUACAGCCAAACCUUCAUCCUCUCCUUCAACCAAACCUACACCCUCUCCUAAAAUCACAUCUACAUCCAAACCUACAUCCUCUCAUACAGCCAAACCUUCAUCCUCUCCUUCAACCAAACCUACAUCCUCUCCUACAACCAAACCUACAUCCUCUCCUAAAAUCACAUCUACAUCCAAACCUUCAUCCUCUCCUACAUCCAAACCUACAUCCUCUCCUACAACCAAACCUACAUCCUCUCCUAAAAUCACAUCUACAUCCAAACCUUCAUCCUCUCCUACAGCCAAACCUUCAUCCUCUCCUUCAACCAAACCUACAUCCUCUCCUAAAAUCACAUCUACAUCCAAACCUACAUCCUCUCAUACAGCCAAACCUUCAUCCUCUCCUUCAACCAAACCUACAUCCUCUCCUACAACCAAACCUACAUCCUCUCCUAAAAUCACAUCUACAUCCAAACCUACAUCCACUCCUACAAUCAAACCUACAUCCUCUCCUACAACCAAACCUACAUCCUCUCCUACAACCAAACCUUCAUCCUCUCCUACAACCAAACCUACAUCCUCUCCUAAAAUCACAUCUACAUCCAAACCUUCAUCCUCUCCUACAACCAAACCUACAUCCUCUCCUAAAAUCACAUCUACAUCCAAACCUUCAUCCUCUCCUACAUCCAAACCUACAUCCUCUCCUACAACCAAACCUACAUCCUCUCCUAAAAUCACAUCUACAUCCAAACCUUCAUCCUCUCAUACAGCCAAACCUUCAUCCUCUCCUUCAACCAAACCUACAUCCUCUCCUAAAAUCACAUCUACAUCCAAACCUACAUCCACUUCUACAACCAUACCUUCAUCCUCUCCUUCAACCAAACCUACAUCCUCUCCUAAAAUCAUAUCUACAUCCAAACCUUCAUCCUCUCCUACAACCAAACCUACAUCCUCUCCUAAAAUCACAUCUACAUCCAAACCUACAUCCACUUCUACAACCAAACCUACAUCCUCUCCUACAACCAUACCUUCAUCCUCUCCUACAACCAAACCUACAUCCUCUCCUAAAAUCACAUCUACAUCCAAACCUUCAUCCUCUCCUACAUCCAAACCUACAUCCUCUCCUACAACCAAACCUACAUCCUCUCCUAAAAUCACAUCUACAUCCAAACCUUCAUCCUCUCCUACAGCCAAACCUUCAUCCUCUCCUUCAACCAAACCUACACCCUCUCCUAAAAUCACAUCUACAUCCAAACCUACAUCCACUUCUACAACCAUACCUUCAUCCUCUCCUUCAACCAAACCUACAUCCUCUCCUAAAAUCACAUCUACAUCCAAACCUACAUCCACUUCUACAACCAAACCUUCAUCCUCUCCUACAGCCAAACCUUCAUCCUCUCCUUCAACCAAACCUACACCCUCUCCUAAAAUCACAUCUACAUCCAAACCUACAUCCUCUCAUACAGCCAAACCUUCAUCCUCUCCUUCAACCAAACCUACAUCCUCUCCUAAAAUCACAUCUACAUCCAAACCUACAUCCACUUCUACAACCAAACCUUCAUCCUCUCCUUCAACCAAACCUACAUCCUCUCCUAAAAUCAUAUCUACAUCCAAACCUUCAUCCUCUCUUACAACCAUACCUUCAUCCUCUCCUACAUCCAAACCUUCAUCCUCUCUUACAACCAAACCUACAUCCUCUCCUACAACCAAACCUACAUCCUCUCCUAAAAUCACAUCUACAUCCAAACCUUCAUCCUCUCCUACAACCAAACCUUCAUCCUCUCCUACAACCAAACCUACAUCCUCUCCUAAAAUCACAUCUACAUCCAAACCUACAUCCUCUCCUACAUCCAAACCUACAUCCUCUCCUACACCCAAACCUUCAUCCACUUCUACAACCAUACAUGUACCUUCAUCCUCUCCUACAACCAUACCUUCAUCCUCUCCUACAUCCACACCUACAUCUUCUCCUAAAAUCACACCUAUAACCACACCUAAAAUUGCAAUUAUUGCAUUUAUCCCUUCAACCACACUUACACUUAAAAGAACAAGUAUAUUUUCACCUACUAAUAUACCCACAAUUGCAUCUACAAUAUCACCUACAGCCUCAACGACAACUUCAUCUUUACCCACAAGUAAAACUACAAGUACAGUUUCACCUACACGCUCAAGUACAAGUACACCCAUAAGCACAGAUAUAUAUACAAUAACAAGUACAACUACAACAACACUUAAAAGUAAAGAUACAUCUACACUCUCAAUUACAUUACCAACUACAAAUGCAAAUACAAUCACAAAUACAACUACAUUUACUUACACACCUUCAACAAAGCCUGCAGUCGCACAUACAACUAGCAACACAAUUGCAACCACAUAUAUAUCUACGCCAGCCACCAUCCCUGAACACACACCUACAACUACGCCAUCCAUGAUCCCUGAAAACACAUCUACAACUACGCCGGGAAUAAAGAACACAUUAUACACAUAUACAAGUAGAGUACCAAAGCACACAGAACAACCAAUUCGGACACCAAUUGAGACAAGAAAAUCUUGGAAUGUGACAUUAUCCUCUACCGGUGUGGAAUCUACAACCGGUACGAUACAGGGCAGAGACGCGAUUAAUUCCAUUAAAAUAGACAUACUGAUGUACACGGGUGUAGCUAUGCUUUGUGUCAUCGUUUUGCUGGCAGUAUUGGGCUGUAUUCUGAGGAAGCGUAUGAAAAAACAUGAAACUACCUCCUACGACGAAAUCGAACUCCCUGUGACGUCAGAAUGGAUCGCAGAAACACAGCGCCAUAUCUACGAUACAAUAGAUCGUGGGACUUUCUCUCCUGAGCAAUGUCGGCCACCUUCACAAUACGACAAUUUUGACAUAUCACAAAUACACGGCCCAACGACGAAGUUCAACCCUUUGUUUGACUGUGAUUUUGGACCUACAUAUGAUUAUGACUCUCAGAAGUACAGAUAUGCUUCGGGCAACGGGCCGCUGUCCGAUUAUGACGCGGUUUCUUUGGAAGGGACGAACCAUCAUCAAAGUUUAUCCAAUGCCAACGUGAGGUCGUUCGGGUUUGAAUCGCAAUAUAUGCCCCCUGUUGAUUACAGCUGAAUACUGACUGUUGUAAUACAUAGACUCUUAAUAAGUUUUAUAAGUGUUAUGUUACAUUAUUUGUAGUAAUAUGCAAGUGUGUAUGAAUGUUGGCUUUGUUUUUUUUUUGUCAUGUGAGCUAUCAUAUGCUGAAAGUUUGAAUGAAAUUAAAAAAAAAAAAGUCACAUUUUUCUGAAAAAUAUCUUUUAACUUUUUAUCUUUAAUAC